UGGAUUGAAUUUCGUUCAUUAAAAAUUUAUAAACAUGUCGGAAAAUGAAGAUUUGUUUACAACACGCAUGAGGAAAGCCACACGGAAGAUUCACUCAGUGAGCGACGCCUUGGUAAAUGCGAAAUUUGCUAUUUCGCUCAGAGACGAAACGGUUUGGGGUGGAGGAUUGUUCGUGUUCUAUCACAUUUUUGCGUUCUUAGAAGAUGCUAAAGAGAGACUCAAUAUGCCUGAUUUGAACAAACUUUUUGUGCACAGGAUACUUCACAGAAAGAAAGCAUUUGAAGAGGAUCUAAGACACUAUCUGGGUGAAAACUGGAGAAACUUCCAAAAGUCACAAGCACUAGAAAACUAUAUUGAUCAUUUGGAAUAUUUGGAGAAGGAAAACCCAUUGUUAUUGAUGGCAUAUGUGUAUCAUUUGUACUUGGGCUUGCUGAGUGGUGGACAAAUUCUAGCUAAGAAGAGGAACGUAUUUGGUGAAAGGCAACCCCAAGACGCCUAUGUCGAUAAAGUGACAGACUUUAGUCACAUAGACAUCAGUCAACUAAAAAAAGAUUUUCGAGCAGCCAUGAACGAAAUAGCCGAAAAAAUGACACCAGAAGAACAAAAAGCAUUCAUUGAAGAGAGCAAUCAGGUGUUUCUUAUGAACAAUUUGAUUGUGAAUUCUGUUGGUGGACAAAGCCAAGUUAUGUGGAAUAUGUUUUAUAAAGUGUCCGCAUUAUUCUUGGUCUUUGUGGGCGCUGUAUUAGCUUUUAAAAUGCAUAUUAAGUGAAUUAAGUAUGCUGAAUAGUGGCCCAAUAGUUAAAGAAAAAAUCCUGUACCUCUGCUUGAUUAUUAAAAAUACACAUGUCGGCACAUUUACCAGAAGAAAAUAAUAGGAAUAUAAAACAGUAACUUUUAUAUUUAAAGAAAUAACAAUUGGACAUAAAGUAUCCAUUAAAUGAACAUAUUUUAACAUCGAAUUAGUUAUAGCCUUCUUAAACCUUUAUUGAAAAAAUCAAAUUGAAACAAUUUUUUUUUACAUUUUGUGACAAAGUUGAAAAUUAAAAAAUUGUAACAAUCAAUGUUAAACUGUGUUAUCAAAGUGUGAUAAAUAAAAACUUUUUCAAGUAAAGUUUGCAGAAUUUACAAGAACGCAAAGUCAAGUUCGAAC